AUGGACAAAUCCGGUGAUGAUGGCUAUGGAGGGGCUGGAGGGGCAAGCGACAAUGAGGGUCAGAACCACCUAGAGGUAGUAUUCUACCCGGACUCCAAUCAUCGCCGCAAGUCUUCCCUCGUUACGAUGGAUAAGCCGAAGGUCCGACCUCAUCCAGCCCAGGACGACAAGACGACCGCGUGCUAUGUUCACUCUCUCAUCGCGGGCGAAUGGACCGCUCCCCCUCACAACCCGAAAGACACAGAAGAAGUUAUCCGGACAAUAAAAGAUGACGAGAACCAGCCUCCAAUAUCCGACCCAACGGCGGCGAAUGCAGAAGAUCUGGUCUCGGUGGUGGAUGGCGAUCACACAAGCGCCCUCAAACCAUCCCCGACAAUCAUCCAAUCUCGCCAUCUAACAAAAAGACAGCUAUCAGACAUGGCUUGGAACGUGCGAAAGCUCUCCAAGAAGCUCGGUAGCAUCAAACUCAAGCUCACAGUCAAGAACGUCUUCGUGGUCUGCAAGGUUCAGGAUGAGUCACUCGUCAGCCUGACGCGCAAGGUCACACAUUGGCUUCUCUCCAAGGACCGAGACUCCCAGUACGUGGUGUAUGUUGAGCGUCGACUUGAAACACAUCCAGAUUUUGGGGCGCUGCAGCUGGUAGAAGAGGAGCCUUCGGCAGAAGGCCGGCUCAAAUACUGGGACCCCAAACUUGCGCAGCAGCAACCACAUCUGUUUGACUUUGUAGUCACACUGGGUGGUGAUGGCACCGUUCUUUACACUAGUUGGCUAUUCCAGCGGAUCGUACCGCCUGUUCUUUCCUUUGCGUUAGGCUCAUUGGGAUUCUUAACGAACUUCGAUUUUGCAGACUAUCAAAAAGCGCUCGAGAAUGCGCUGCGAGAUGGUGUUGUCGUCAGCCUGCGACUACGAUUCGAAUGCACGAUAAUGCGAAGUAAGGCGCGACAGAAAGAUCCGCAGUCGAAGACAUUGGCAGAUCGCGACUUAGUUGAGGAACUCAUUGGCGAAGAAGGGGAGGAUACAUUGACGCAUACCCCGGACCGAGUGUAUGAGAUAUUGAACGACGUCGUCCUCGACCGGGGGCCAAAUCCAACCAUGUCUCAAAUCGAACUCUUCGGGGACGACGAGCAUUUCACCACUUUACUUGCCGAUGGCAUCUGUAUUGCGACCCCCACCGGCUCGACUGCUUACAAUCUCGCCGCUGGCGGAUCUCUUUCACAUCCCGAGAACCCUGUCAUUCUGGUCACUGCCAUCUGUGCCCAUACGCUCUCCUUCCGGCCCAUUAUUCUACCAGACACGAUUGUUCUGCGGAUGGGUGUGCCGUACGAUGCACGCACGAGUUCAUGGGCUAGCUUUGAUGGACGUGAGAGGGUCGAGUUACACCCAGGCGAUUAUGUGACUGUCUCAGCCUCCAGGUAUCCCUUUGCCAAUGUCUUGCCCCCUGGAGGGCAAGGCGAGGGCUGGGUGCACAGCAUCUCCAAAACUCUGAAUUGGAAUUCGCGACAGAAGCAGAAGAGCUUCAAGUAG